AUGGCCGCGUUCAAAGCCGCCUACUUUAUUUUUUCUCACAGGCGUGUUUGUUAAAAGAUCAAUUAUUUUCAAAUUUGGUACAUUAGAGUCUUUAAUUUUGAUAUCUUUUGAUGUGGUAAAUACAAUUCUUGAUUAUAAUUUGUAUAGUUUUAGAGAGAGAAAAAGAGAGAGAGAGAGGAGAUGUCAGCUGAUCUGGAAUCUAUAUCAGAAGCGACUUCUGGAGCCAUUGGAGCUCUAGUUAGCACUACUAUCUUGUACCCUCUUGAUACCUGCAAAGCUAAGUACCAAGCAGAGGUUCAAGCUCAUGGUCUCCGAAAAUACAGAAAUCUCUCUGAUGUUCUGGUGGAGGCAAUAUCAAAAGGUAAGAUACUGUCAUUGUACCAAGGUCUGGGAACCAAGAACUUGCAAUCUUUCAUUGCGCAGUUUGUGUAUUUCUAUGGAUAUAGCUACUUUAAGAGACUCUAUUUGGAGAGAAGUGGUUCCAAAUCCAUUGGAACAACAGCCAAUUUGCUAAUUGCAGCAGCAGCUGGCGCUUGUACAGCCAUAACAACUCAGCCACUGGAUACUGCUUCCUCAAGGAUGCAGACAAGCGCAUUUGGGAAAUCGAAGAGCCUUUGGAUAACACUUACAGAAGGUAGUUGGAGUGAAGCAUUUGAUGGCCUUGGGAUUUCUUUACUGUUGACAUCCAACCCUGCCAUUCAGUAUACAGUUUUUGAUCAACUUAAACAACGAUUGCUGAAAGAUAAAGAGAAGACAACAGAGAAAGGCACAUCGCCUGUUGUACUUUCUGCAUUCUCUGCUUUUGUAUUAGGUGCACUGUCAAAGAGCAUAGCCACUGUUCUAACCUAUCCAGCGAUCAGGUGCAAGGUCAUGAUUCAAGCAGCAGAUGAUGAUGACGAUAAGAAGGCUCAACCUAAAUCAAGUAAGACAAUAAGUAGUGUCAUAUGCUCUAUCUGGAAGAAAGAAGGAUUCUUGGGUUUCUUCAAGGGAUUACAUGCUCAAAUCCUCAAAACAGUGUUAAGCUCUGCAUUGCUUCUAAUGAUCAAGGAAAAGAUCUCUGCCACAACUUGGGUCCUCAUACUCUCACUUAGGAGAAUUCUGCUGCUCAGGCAGAGAAAGCUAAAAAGUGCUUAAAUUGUGAUCAUUUAAGCUUAAGUCGUGAGUAAAAAAGGCUUAUAUGAGAAAUCAGAAGAAAGAGAGUUCAUUGCAAGGUUGCAGUCUAAGUAGUUACUUCCAAUUACAGUCUGCACUAGCAGAAUGAUGAAUUUAGGAGAACAAUGUGGUAGCUUUUGGUCUUCAAAGAAGAGAAUAAUUUGACUAAGAAAUAUUUAUUUUUUUAAACAACUUUAGAAUAAUGUGGUUAAAGAAUCUCCUUUUAGUUACUCCGGAACAAUUCUUUAGAAGAAAUAUUGGGGUUUUACUUCUGGCGGCGACAUGCUUGCACCUACUUUCAAAGCUCAUUGUGAAUUUGUGAUAUCUUACGUAUAUUCAAACUAUAUAAUUGGAUUUUGAA